CCACGACAUGACAACAACGAUGCGUCUUGUCAUUGUUAUGGUGCUCGCCGCCGUCACAGCGUCCGUCGUAGCAUUCCAAGUCCCGUCGUCGGGCUGGUCAUCUUGCCCGCCGAAUACGAUCCCAUUUGAUGACGCCGACGCCGACACCGACGACGACGCCGACGUGGCGCGUCGACAGCGCGGUGCCGCCUUGGCCGCCGAAUGCCAAGUGUUUUCCAUGCCGCUCUGUCAUCCCGGCAUUUGCGAUGGUACGGAGACGCUGCCGAUCUUUGUCAAGCGCAUUGCGUCGCCCGUUGCUACAAGUGCAAUCUGGGUCAUGGACGGCGGGCCAGGCUGUUCGUCUGUCGACAUGGAGAUCCUUAUGCAAGACCUCUUUAUGGACCUCAACGGUACGUUCAGCGUCUACACCAUGGACCACCGCGGGUCGGGCCGCAGCGCCAAGCUCACAUGCGACGGUGACCUCAAAUACGCACAAGACCUCGCUGCGUGCGUUGACCGACUUCACGCCCAGUACGGCCCGACCGCCGACGCGUUCUCGACGACGAGCGCCGCCAAGGACUUGACGUACUUGAGCCCAAUCAUUGAUCCCGACGUCGACUGGUACGUCUACGGCGUGAGCUACGGCUCGUACUUGAUGGCGCGCGUGUUGCACCUCGCGCACGAGUUCACGUUCCGCGGGUAUUUACUCGACAGCAUCGUGCCCGAGACGCUCGACGUGCCCAACGGCGACGCAGCGUACGGGGCCGUCGUCGCACGGUAUCUUCGCGCGUUGGACAAGGGCGUCACUGGUUCCGACACGCCGCUGGAGGACACACUGCGCAUGUACUACAGCGAACUCGACGAUGGCGCGACACCCGAGUGCGCGUCAUGGCUGCAAGAUGUGGCGGGACGUGCGCCAGUCGACCCGCCGUCGUUUGCCGCCCGUCGGCUCUUUGCGGCACUUGUAGAAGCCAGCACAUUGCGCACGUCGUUUUACCCGCUCUUGACGCUGCUCCAAGGGUGCUCGGACGCAGAUAUUGAAGUCCUCGAAACGUACGUGGGUCCGUACUUGCUUGACAACGACCUCCUCGAGCCGAACUUUACGUCUGACUACGACUCGCUCGUGCUCUACUACGUCAUCUUGGCGUCUGAGCACCAGCUUUUCUACUCACCCGCGCCGCCCUUGGCCACGCUCGCUCAAUAUUUCACCGACCAAGUCGUUGACAACCCAGUAUACCGUGAUUUCAUGGCCUACUGCCUCUUUACCAACCACCGAGACCAAGCGUGCCGUGAGCAAGCCUAUCCAGCGACCAAAGGCUUUUCCUACGCUCCCGACGCGUACUUUAACCGAACCGCGCCCGUACCGACGAGCCUCCUCGUGCUCAACGGCGGUCUCGACCCGAUCACACCGGACGACCAAGCCCAAUUUCAGUUUGAGCAGUACACGACGCCCCACAAGCUCUUUGUCAACGUCUCGGAUGCGUCGCACGCGGUCAUCGACAGUCCAUGUGGCUACGACAUUAUCCUCUCGUACUUGACCAACAACGGAAAUGUGUCGUCGGUCAACACGACGUGCCUCGCGCAUUUGCCGCCACUGGCGCUUGAGCUCGCGCCAAGGCUGCGCCAAGAGAUGUUUGGUCAUCAGCUGCUUGAUGCGAACGGCGACAUCUCGCUGAGCUCGGGGCUUGGGUUGGCGAGCAUUGCGCCCUCUUCGGUGCCAAGCACACGCCUCCUUCUGCUCGCUGCCUCGAGUUGUUGGCUCCUAAUAACCUACUAAGUUGUUGACUUGUAACCUACUAGAUACCCUUUAUGAUGAAGCCUAUC